UUGUUUUUAGACUUUAGAGUCAACAAUAGUAACAGUACAACAGAAUGUCGCCAACCAAGAUGUCAAUAUACAGGAGUUAACAUUAGCUAUCAGAAGUGUGAAUGUUACAACACAUCUACAAGCCCAGAGUCUGCAGACUGGAGUUGUCAACAAUGUGUCUUCAAGCGACGACUUGCCUUCGUGUGAAGCAUCAACUCGCGGCUCAAUUCGUCUCGUGUCCGUUUCGGUAAACUCUGCGCUUAGGAGAGAUGUCUUCAUGAUAUGUGCUGACUUGGAAAAUGGAAAAUUUCAGUGGAUUGAAGUGAUGACAAAUGGUGGCAUCCUUACAAAUGGCAGCAGUUGCCGUGAAUUGAUGGAACCCUCAUAUCUUUCAUUUGUUCUACCAAAUGGACUGUACAACCUAAUAGACAGCAACAUGGACUCUGUGACGGGUUAUUGUGAUAUGACGACAGACGGUGGCGGAUGGUUAUUGAUUGGCAAGUCAUUUCAACCGGCAUUAAAUAAUUUAAGUCCGACAAGCGAGCCAGUAACUUUGACAAGCGCGCAAGGAUGGUCAAAUAGAUUUCCAUCCAUUGUCGUCAACGAUUUUCGUGUGCAAUUUUCCGGUUCGAGUUCGAUGGAACAAACGAUAGGACAUUGGUACCAUCAUUUCGCCCGUCCUCGACUUCUUGCUGAACUUGUCACAUCUCGAUUUGAUAAUGCAAAUGUGUGCGGUGGUGAUGAUGAUGCAAUCACAGACAUUGAAUAUACAGUUGACAUUCGCGGUGGUACAAGAAAUGACAAUCAGAUAUGUUCAAAAUUUCAAGAUGGAAGUCUAAAUUCCUUCCAUGAAUUCAACAAUUGUUUCAAUUCGACUCGUUGUGCUAUUGAUGGCAACGACGGCUCAUUUAGUUUCCAUGGGCAAAUGACAAUCUCUGGACAAGACUCACAGUCGACUGCUUUCUUUGGAUGUGAUGAUGGCGCCUGCUGUGCAUGCUGGGGUCCAACUGGAGGUCGACAAAGUUACUGCACAAAUGACUGUGGAUUAUUAAGUGGUGGUAGCAAGCUAAGUUCCGGAUAUGCAUGGUUCUAUGUACGCUAAUGGAACAAUUAUUGUGGCAAGACAGCAAACGGAUGAGAUAUUAUAAAAGCACUUGUAAUGCGUAUGUGUUCGUAUAAUCUAGAGACUAGCUGGAAAGUCAAACUGCUUCAAAGUAGAGCAAUUCAGAUUCUUUAGUUAGUGAACGAGUUGGUUCGCCUUCAUUUGUUUGUCAUCUUUACAAAAUUUGUCAUUCUAGUAACACGUUUAUGUAUAACUGUCA